AUCGGGUACAUCAAAGCAGGAAAACCUCUAAAACAUGUAGGACAGUCUGCCUUGAGGACCAGGGUUGAGAAACAUUGCUUUAGGGGUGGGAUGACUGUCCAUUUGAUCCCUUUUUCUCAAACAAUGAAGUCAUCUUUGAUAAAUUUACACGAGUUGUAAUCUCUGAGAAAAACACUGUGGCAGCAGCAGCUGUUGGCUCUAGACAGCUGCUUGUCAUUGGGAGGAGCUGAAAAGAUAACAAACUACUGGAUUCAUAGCAACCCGGAACCAGAAGACCUGAGAAGUCUGGAAGGAUACAACAACUUCAGGGUGAUGAGUAUUCAUCGUGCUGUUUGGCAACAUGUGGUGUACCCACAAACCAAGACCUACUUUGCCCACUGGAAGGACCUGAACCCCGGAUCUGCUCCCGUGACAAAGCAUGGAGCUACGGUGAUGGGUGGAGUUGCUGAAGCUGUGGCCAAAAUCGACAGUCUGACUACAGGUCUGCUCAACCUGAGCGAGCUGCAUGCCUUCACUCUGAGAGUGGAUCCUGCCAACUUCAAGGUUCUCGCCCACAACAUCCUUGUGGUUUUGGCCAUAAGCUUCCCCAACAACUUCACCCCUGGGGUCCAUGUGGCCAUGGAUAAGUUCCUGGCUGUCGUGGCUCUGGCUCUGUCUGAGAAGUACAGAUGAACACCUGGAGAGGAAGUGAAGCUGCAUCAGUUCAUUCUGGAUGUGAUAAAUAAAUGCAUGAAAAUGAAAA